UUGAGGUGUGUGGGGCGUGGAGCACCCGGGCCUGGUGAGGCGCGGCGCUGCGGGAUGCGGCGGCGGCCGUGGCGGGGCCGCGGGCCAGGCGGGCGGGCGCGGUGAUGAGUGUCUGAGGCCGCCGCCAUGUCCAAGGUAACGGCGCCGGGGUCCGGGCCGCCGGCGGCGGCGAGCGGGAAGGAGAAGCGCUCCUUCAGCAAGCGGCUGUUUCCGAGCGGCCGCGCUGGCGGCGGCGGCGCGGGGGGCUCCCGGGCGUCCGGGCCGGCCGCGCCCUCCUCGCCCUCUUCUGCACGCUUGGUGGGCAGCUUUAUGAGCCUCCUUCUCAAGACGCUGUCCACGCUCUCGCAGUUUAGCUCUGAGGGCGCCGCCCCGGACCGCGGCGGCCUCCGCCCCGGACCGCGGCGGCCUCCGCAGCUGCUUCCCGCCGGGCCGGGCGCCGCGCCCACGCCGCGCCUCUCCCGCCGCCGCCCGCCUCUCCCGCCGCCGCCCGCCUCUCCCGCCGCCGCCCGCCUCUCCCGCGCCGCCCAGCCGGUGCCCGGCGUGACGGGGCUCGGCAACCACGGCAACACGUGCUUCAUGAACGCCACGCUGCAGUGCCUCAGCAACACCGAGCUCUUCGCCGAGUACCUGCUGGGCCAGUACCGGGCGGGGCGUCCCGAGCCCUCGCCUGACCCCGAGCAGCACGGCCGCAGCGUGCAGGGCCAGGGCGAGGUCACUGAGCAGCUGGCGCACCUGGUGCGGGCCCUCUGGACCCUGGAGUACAUCCCGCAGCACAGCCGCGACUUCAAGACUAUUGUGUCAAAGAAUGCACUGCAGUACCGGGGAAAUUCCCAGCAUGAUGCCCAGGAGUUUCUGCUGUGGCUUUUGGACCGAGUUCAUGAAGACCUCAACCAUUCAGUGAAGCAGAGUGGCCAGCCUCCUCUGAAGUUUGCCACGUCAGAGACUGAUAUGAUGCCUGAGGGACCAUCUUUUCCUGUCUGUAGCACUUUUGUACAAGAACUCUUUCAAGCCCAAUAUAGAUCUUCUUUGAUGUGUCCUCAUUGUCAGAAACAGAGCAACACUUUUGAUCCUUUCCUUUGCAUUUCUUUGCCAAUUCCUCUACCCCACACAAAGCCUCUCUAUGUCACUGUAGUGUAUCAAGGCAAAUGUUCUCACUGCAUGAGGAUUGGUGUGGCCGUACCUCUGUCUGGGACUGUUGCCAGACUUCAGGAAGCAGUGUCUAUGGAAACAAAGAUCCCCACUGAUCAGAUUGUGUUAACAGAAAUGUACUAUGAUGGGUUCCAUCGUUCCUUUUGUGAUACAGAUGACCUGGAAACAGUCCAUGAAAGCGACUGCAUUUUUGCCUUUGAGACUCCCGAAAUAUUUAGGCCUGAAGGAAUUCUCAGUCAAAGAGGAAUUCAUUUAAACAACAACCUAAACCACUUGAAAUUUGGCUUGGAUUAUCAUAGACUGUCUUCUCCUACACAAACAGCAGCAAAGCAAGGGAAAAUGGAUUCGCCCACCUCAAGAGCAGGCAGCGACAAGAUUGUCCUGUUGGUGUGUAACCGAGCCUGCACUGGGCAACAAGGGAAAAGAUUUGGACUGCCUUUUGUGCUGCACUUGGAGAAGACAAUAGCUUGGGACCUUCUGCAGAAGGAAAUCUUGGAGAAGAUGAAGUAUUUCUUGAGGCCCACGGUUUGCAUUCAGGUGUGUCCAUUCAGCUUGCGUGUGGUCAGUGUUGUUGGAAUAACAUAUUUGCUGCCCCAGGAGGAGCAGCCCUUGUGCCACCCAACAGUAGAAAGGGCAUUAAAAUCUUGUGGACCAGCUGGCACCACUCAUGUGAAAUUAGUAGUCGAGUGGGACAAGGAGACAAGAGAUUUCUUGUUUGUAAAUACUGAGGAUGAGUAUAUCCCUGAUGCAGAAAGUGUUCGUCUGCAAAGGGAGCAUCAUCAUCAGCCUCAAACCUGCACUUUAUCCCAGUGUUUCCAACUGUACACCAAAGAGGAGCGGCUUGCCCCUGAUGAUGCCUGGCGUUGCCCACACUGUAAGCAGCUGCAGCAGGGAAGCAUUACGUUAAGCCUCUGGACUCUGCCUGAUGUGCUUAUUAUACAUCUAAAGAGAUUUUGGCAGGAAGGAGACAGGCGCAUGAAACUUCAGAACAUGGUCAAGUUCCCCUUAACUGGCCUGGACAUGACACCUCAUGUGGUUAAGAGGAGCCAGAGCCGCUGGAGUUUGCCAUCCCAUUGGUCCCCGUGGAGACGGCCCUAUGGACUCGGGAGGGACCCUGAGGACUACAUCUAUGACCUGUAUGCUGUGUGCAAUCACCAUGGCACCAUGCAAGGGGGGCACUACACAGCGUACUGUAAGAACUCUGUGGAUGGCCUCUGGUACUGCUUCGAUGACAGCGAUGUGCAGCAGCUGUCAGAAGAUGAGGUCUGCACGCAGACAGCAUACAUCCUCUUCUACCAGAGGCAGACAGCCAUCCCGUCAUGGUCAGCCAACAGCUCGGUGGCAGGCUCCACGAGUUCUUCCCUGUGUGAACACUGGGUGAGCCGACUCCCGGGCAGCAAGCCAGGCAGCGUGACCUCUGCAGCUUCCACCAGACACACCUCCCUGGCGUCGCUCUCUGAGUCCGUGGAGAUGACUGGAGAAAGGAGUGAAGAUGAUGGAGGCUUUUCAACUCGACCAUUUGUGAGAAGUGUCCAGCGUCAGAGUUUGUCAUCCAGAUCUUCUGUCACCAGCCCCUUGGCGGUCAAUGAAAAUUGCAUGAGACCUUCAUGGUCCCUGUCUGCUAAGCUGCAGAUGCGCUCCAAUUCUCCAUCCCGAUUUUCAGGGGAUUCGCCAAUUCACAGCUCUGCUUCCACCUUGGAGAAGAUUGGGGAGGCAGCGGAUGACAAGGUCUCUCUCUCUUGCUUUGGUAGCUUGCGGAACCUUUCUAGCAGUCACCAGGAACCAAGCGACAGUCAUAGUCACCGUGAGCACAAGGCUGUGGGCCGGGCCCCUCUGGCUGUCAUGGAAGGUGUGUUCAAAGAUGAAUCGGACACCCGCAGAUUGAACUCCAGUGUCGUAGAUACACACAAACAUUCAGCACAAGGGGACCGCCUGCCCCCGCUCUCUAGUCCAUUUGAUAACAAUAAUCAGAUCGCUUAUGUGGAUCAGAGCGACUCCGUAGACAGCUCUCCAGUCAAAGAGGUGAAACCCCCCAGCCACCCAGGCUUACUUGCAAAGAAACCAGAGAGCACAACUAAGAGAUCCCCCAAUUCCAAAGGCACUUCUGAGCCAGAGAAAAGCUUGCGGAAGGGGAGACCGGCCUUGGCAAGCCAGGAGUCAUCCCUUUCAAGUACAUCCCCUUCUUCUCCUCUUCCUGUAAAAGUCUCUCUAAAGCCCUCCCGCUCCCGCAGCAAAGCAGAUUCUUCUUCCAGGGGCAGUGGACGGCAUUCAUCCCCUGGCCCUGCCCAACCCAAAAAGGAGUCAUCCCCGAAAUCUCAGGACUCCGUGUCAUCUCCUUCGCCACAGAAGCAGAAGUCAGCAUCGACCCUCACCUACACUGCUUCCUCCACAUCUGCCAAAAAGGCCUCGGGCCCUGCCACAAGGAGCCCUUUCCCACCUGGGAAGAGCAGGACUUCAGACCGGAGCUUGAGUAGAGAGGGCUCCAGACAAAGCUUGGGUUCUGACAGAGCCAGCGCCACCUCCACCUCCAAACCCAACUCCCCUCGGGUGGGCCAGGCCCGAGCAGGGGAGGGCAGGGGGGCCGGGAAGCAUGUGCGGAGCUCCUCCAUGGCCAGCCUGCGCUCCCCCAGCACAAGCAUCAAGUCUGGUUUGAAGAGGGACAGCAAGUCUGAGGACAAAGGGCUGUCCUCCUUCAAAUCAGCCUUGAGACAGAAGGAAACCCGGCGCUUGACAGAUCUUGGCAAGACAGCCUUGCUCUCUAAAAAGGCUGGUGGGAGCUCUGUGAAGUCCGUCUGUAAGAACACCGGGGACGACAAGGCAGAGAAAGGCCACUAGCCUCUAGCUUCCAAGCAGCCAAAUGCAAAUAUAACGGGAAAAGAGCAGCUUGUCUCCAAGGACCCUGCUUCUGCCAAACAUUCCCUGCUGUCCGCUCGCAAAUCCAACUGUUCCCAACUAGACUCUGGAGUUCCCUCAUCUCCGGGUGGCAGGCAGUCUGCAGAGAAAUCCUCAAAAAAGUUAUCCAUGCAAGCCUCUGCACGGCCUUCUCAAAAACCUCAGUGAUAUUUCUGCAAUCAAAGUGUUUUAUCUGUAAAGAUGUUUAUUUAUUUAGAACCCCUGCCCUCCCACCAAAGCCUCCUGUUUUGUACUUUUUUGUCACAUGCCCGACUGUGUGUGUCUGUGUGUGUGUGUGUGCGUGUCUGUGUCUAAUUCAAUUGUAAAUUGUUCAAAGCAUCGCCUUAUUCUGCCAUUGAACCAAAUAACAGCCAUAGGCAAAACAUUGACACCAAGCUAACUGGAAUAAUUGUAGAUGAUACCCAGGAUGGUCCCUUUAGCAAUUGUACAUAUUUCUUUCUAGAGAACUCUAAUGACUUUCUUUGGAUAUGAGGGUUUUGAAACCUGUGAACCAGUAAAGCUACCAUUAGUGCGUAGAAGGAGGAAGGAGCUGACUCGUGUUUCUUCUGAGCAGGACUUGUCCUUACUGUGGAUUGUGGGUGGCACCAGGAGCUCUAAAAACUGUGACUCUAACAAUGAAACAAAUCGAGGGAAAAACUCUUGCUUUCUGCACUUUCGCACCAUCUACCAGUCUUUGUAAAGGGCGAUAUUUUAACACUAAUGUUUUUCAGGUAUAUACUCAGCUAGUCUAGCAUGGAUGCACACCAGUAAAUGGAUUAAAGAGGAAGGUGCCAUGUGGGUGACUGUGUCAUUUCUCCUACUGCCACAGAUAGACGUUUUCGAGGUAGAAAUGAAGCCUUUCACCACCUUCAUAUUCUGUGGCGACGUGUGCACCAAAACCUGUCUUGACUCUUGGGAUAGGUCCUAAGAGGUGGCAGAUUGGAUAGCCAGAAAGCCAGUCACUGAUUUAUUUUUUUUUCCUUCUGAAAUUACUAGCUAAGGCUAUUGGAAUUUUGCACUGUAGUAGAGCAGUUAACACCUUUGACAGAUUCCUGGAAAAAACUUCUAGAUUCUAAACUGGGUGAAAGACUGGACAUCAUUUUCCUUGUGAGGUGUUGCAUUUUUCCGUUAGAGGUGGGAAGCUCCACGAUGCCCUGUGUCUGUGGGCUCAUGUUCCCUCAUCUUGUAGCUUGGAGAGGAAAGAAGUUGCCUUCUGCCAAAAGCCAAUGGUGGUAUGUUGAAGCGUUGUGUGAUCAAAUAUUACAUAUGCACUUCAGAUCCUGUCUGUCAGUCUCUGUUAGGGCUGCCUUUCGGUAACUCAUUUAUUAUUUCUUCUUUGUUCUUAAGAUUUCAUCUCAUGCCCAGAACUCACAAGCAGGCUUUGGAGUGUGUUCCAUCUGGCCGUGUCAGUGCAAAUUGCAUUUCUUACAAAGGAGAACCUCACCAAAAAAAACUCUCACAGAUGAGCAAAAUAUAUAGUUUUGCAGGCUUUUUCAAGGUCUCCUGGCAAUACUUUCCUGCUCAAUUUUUAGCUUUUUUUUUUUUUUAAAUGUCAAGAGAGUGAGGGUCUUGAUUCUCUCUGAAUAGCAUUUGUCACUUUGGCAGUAAAUACAGCAAGCUAAGUUUAUGUGCUUUUAAAUAUUAGUGUUUUUCGUCAGACUCUUCAAGUUCUUCUUGAACCCUUGAUGCAGAGAUCCAUAUAUAACCUCCCUUUUCAGUAUUCAGUAUUUAGUAUGUGUGUGUGAAUUAACUACAACACAUAUGCAUGCAUAGCUAUGAAUUCUGCACUACCUUUUUUUUUUACCCGCCCCCCCCCCCAAGAAUAUCUCUUGGGAAAAGUUUUUAGUAGGUUACUUUAUUUUGCUGCUAAUUUGCGCAUUAGCUGGUAACUUGCAAGUCUGGAGGCCACUUAACGUUGAGGGUAGCUGGAAUUUUAGACCCUUGGCAGUAUUUAAGAUUUAGACGUUUAGCCUUGUGAAAGUUACCACAGUGCUCCAUGUGAUGCAUUGACUGCGAGCCUGUUGUCCAUUGCACUCAGCCCUGUACUCACCUCUUCACUGGGUGUCCUGGUUUUACUGUUCAGAUUUUGGUGGGUUCUCAAAGCAGCACCACUCUCAUCUGCUCAGUACAUCUGCGGCAACUGGCUGCCUUGGAUGCUGUCAUUGCUUUCAGCCCAGCACAUCACAUCCCCAUCAGUGUGUAGCCACCGCUCUCGUUUUUCUGUAUCGCUUUUAUCUCCUGAAAAAGAUGUACCAAAUAAGAGAUCAUCUAUAUAAGGAAUUGAAUGUCUAACUCAAACCUCUCAUUUUUGUUUAAUAGGUAGAUCUCAUUUGAAGUCUCCUGUCUGAAUCUCUGAAACAAUUAUAAUUUGACUAGACAAAAGUUUUUAAAUAACACUUCUUUUUUGCUGUAGUUAAACAUUAAUAGAAACUAGUUUAAUUUUCACAGUGGUAAAUAUUUUUAUUCUUGAGUUAUCUAGGAAUGGGUUUUCCACGAUGUCUAGUGACUUAAAAAGGAAAAAAGUUUCUACAGAUCCCUUUGGUUUUCCAUGGGAUCUGGAAUAAAAUGUCAGUGUCUAUACACUGUA